UGGGCGCUAUAAAAUGUCUAAGAAUGCAGCGCGGACAAGCAGCAAGACAAAUCUCCGAAAUGAAUUGCCAAGGAAAAGCACCAAAUCGCAAGCUGUCAGUGGGACAGGCGCAACCACAAAGGACAGAAAACCAUUGGUCAAACAACCGGAGAGCGUGGAAUACGACAGAGCCCUAACGAAGCCCACAAAGACAGUGGCAACAACAUCCACGAGCAGAAAACCUGCAGUGCCAUCAAAUGCGAGCAGAAUCAAAAAUAGGGAUCCUGCCCAGCCUGCCAAACGGACGACCCCAUCGCCUAGUACAUUGCCUGCCGGUAAACAGCAGCCCCAGCCCGUAAAAUCCAAGCCCAAGUCCAAACCAAAUGCCGUGCUGGACACAUACCACAGCGUGACGGUGGCAUCGCCGCCACAGAAGCGUCGAGUGCAGCCAAAAUCAUCAACAGAGACAUCCCCGGAGCCAGAAAGAGCUCCACCCCCGCCCAGAACCCGCACAUUUACACGCACUUUAGACCCGGACGAGGUAAAGGUACUCAAGAGGGAGUCGGCCAAACAGAGGAGUGAGAUCGAGGUGGGAUCACUGCCUGUGAAGCAACCGGUUGCCUUUGAGGUUAAGUUUGAGGAGCCAAAGAAAGCAGACAAUGAAUCGGACAACUAUUCCGAUGACUUUGAAUCAUAUGAAUCGGACUUUGAGACUGGUUCCAGCACACCCGAGGAGGAAGCGGACGAUGAUGACGAUGAUGACGACGUGGACGAUGAUGGUGAUGAGGAAGAGCCGGAGGAGCCAGAAGAGAAAAAAGAACAGCCAAUGUCAGAGCCAGACGUCGUCGAAGAGGAGGAGGAGGAGGACUCUGAGCCCACACAGAACCCCAUCACAGUGAUACAUCGGGACAAGGAGCAGGAUCGCAAACUAGACUCUGGCCACUACGACAUGCACAUGCGCCGUAAUCCGAUGCUGGCGGAGCUCAGCUCCCAAUCCACGCAGCAUCAGUGCGAUAGCUUCGAUACCAACUCGAUGGCCAACUCGGAGCAGCUAGACUCUGGCAUAAGCACAACGGGCCUGGGCCUAGAGAAAACCCCAAGCGGAGAGUCAGCGUCCAAUGUCUACUACGGGGGUUAUGCCAACUUUGUGUCUCAUCCUGUGGAGUGUCGCCGCGGCAAGGAGCUCAUGCGGAAGUUGCGAUUCGACCACCUAAACUAUCGUCUGUUCGAGAUGAAACCGCUGAGCUACGAGGGAUACAUGCAGAGCUACGGGAAGCUGAACACCUGCCAGCUGGCCACUCAGACCCAAUCCCCCUACAUAGACGCUGAGUGCCAGACCCUGGAACUGCACAGUCGCAGCAGUUGGACCCAGCAUCCGCCCCACUAUGGCGGCCAAAUGGUGCUCAGCUGCAGCGGGGAUGCCGAAUCGGAAACAAUGCUGAAGCGACCUACAGAUGACUACGAAACGAGCCUGUCCCGCUUGGAGCAGCUGCAUCGCCUGGAGCAGGAUCGUACACAGCAGCAACAAAGACUCCGCCUGGCCAAGCCCACGGACUUUGAGCGUCUCGGUGCGUUCCUUCACAAUGCCUCGCGUCUGAUGGUGAAAGUUCUGAAUGAAAACAUGCAGCAUCGUCCCAACAGCCCGCACCACCUUCCCUUGCAGACUGGCCUGUUGAAUGCUCUGCCCGUGCGCCGCAUCUUCGGCAGCUCUGGAAACGGACAGCUCGUGGUCACGGUGCACGAGUGCCCGCCGCAGAGCAAUGUCUACAGCGAGGACUUUGCCAAUUUGCUGAUGGUUUGGUCACUGAACAGCCCCGCCAAGCCCCUGCGCCUGCUGUCCACCUGGGCGGAGGUUUGUCGCGUGGCCUUCUGCAGUGAGGCGCCGGACAUAGUUGUGGCGGGCCUCAGGGACGGCAGUGCGGCCAUGUGGGAUUUGCGCGAGACCUACAGCUAUUGCUCGAAACUGGACGGCCACUUGACUCACUUUGCUGCCACCCAGUCUGUGGUGCCGUCGCUGGGCCAGGCGACUGCCUUGGAUCUCGGUGCCAUGGUGGAUGUGCGAAGCUUUCGAAGCCAGCCCAAGGCAAUGGCAGAAGGAUUGCACGCCACCCACAAGGAAAUUCAGUACGCUUCGCUCAAUGACUCUGGUUUGCUGACGAUGUGGACGCUGGUGGAAGGCGCCACUGCCGCUGGUAGCUCUGCCAGCAAUGAAUACAGCUCGCCAUGGGCCAGGGUGAAGCUACUGCAGAGCGCCAGCUGCGACCUGAGGGGCUACCUGGAGCGGCGUCUGCUGCGGAGCAACCAGAGUGCCUACGAGAAGACCAAGUCCCUGUUUCAGGGCAACAUCUACAACGACGAUCUGCUGAGGGAGCUGAACGAGACGCAGACCCUGAGCACGGCUCUGCAGGGCCAGGGCUUGCAGGGGCUGCGCUUCACCAGCAUCGACACGGGCAGCGAUCUGAUCUAUGUGUGCAGUAAUCGGAACUUUGUGCUCUGCUGCACGCGCAGCCUGAAGACAGAGCGCUUCAGCCGUAUCGCUGUCAACGAGAGUCGCUUCUUGUUCCCCACCUCGCUCUGUGUCCUCUCCAACGAGAGCUUCGUGGCGGUGGGUCUAUCCAACGGCUCCGUGAUGAUACUCAAUUGCAAUCAGCGACAGAACCAGCGUCAGAGCCACAAGAGACCCACCACUGGCAUGCCACCAUCCACCGCUGAUCACGAUCCGGACAUAGGCAAAUCCUGUGCCAUUCAGAACAUCAUCCUCAACGAGCGUCGCUCCUUCGAGCAGCAGAUGGAUGGAGCACAACUGGAGGGCAGAAGCUACGAUCUGAGGCCCGAUACCGCCCUGGAGCUGAUUCGGCAGCCGCGUCGCUCCUACGAAAUGCGCAUCUUUGAUCAGCAGCUUCUCCUCAGCGGCAGUGGGCUACGGCAGCACCUUGUUCAGGCUCUGGUCCUAUCCAAUGAUGGAUGGCGUCUCUCCGCCCUGGCCAAUGGAUCUGUGCGCACCUACGACUUUUACUUGGACAAGGAACUCCCCCAGGAGCAGCCAGGGGACAGCAGAUCCCAUAUUAUGGACAUAGCCGCCGCCCGCAGCUCGGGGAAUGAGCAGCAUUUACUGAUCCUCGACAAAGGUGGACAGGUGCAAAUGCAUUCAGUCGACUCGUAAUCUGUUGAUUAUUUUUUAACUAUUUCUUGUAUGCGUUUGUUGAACCUACUUUUUCGAGCUAAAUAAAGUUUUAGAUGCAAUUAAAAUA